AUGGAGAAACUUCCCGAAGAACUGCUCGAUCACAUAGUGUGCGAGGUCAUGAACCCUCUGCCUAACCGAUAUAAUACCUCCUAUGGCUAUCUCCUCGAUUUAUCGAUGGUCUCGCGGAAGUUUCGUCGCAUCACGGAAACAUACAUCUAUCGCUCACUUAUAAUGUUUGGCGACAAUGAGGCAGAGUUACUGCAGACCAUGAGCAGCCGACCUGAGCUCUCACGACACACGAGAGGCAUUCAUAUCAUGGCUUAUUAUCGUCUCCCUAGUAAAGUACUGGAUUUUGUACUUCGUCUUCCAAACCUUCAAAGACUGGAUAUUGAUAUCGUGUCGUGCAGACUAUCGAAAGUCAUACCUAUCCUAAGACUGCCCUCGAUUACUGUGUUGAUCCUCUCGGAUGUCUCACUCCAGCGAAGCUAUUCUCGGGACGAGCGCGACUGGACAUUUGUCAAUGAUAACAUCACCUACUUAGAGAUAUCCUUUUCCAGCUCCGAUAUAGUGUGGGAAGAUGGCGAAGAGAUGCGAAGUUUUGCAGCCGUUUUUCGCAAGUUGCAGUGUCUGCAUAUAAACAGCAUUUACAAAGGGCCGGACGCUGCUUCCUUGAAUAGCCCGGCGUUCCGUUGUCUGGUUCAUAUGUUCAAGCACGCCUUUGAGACAACCCUCCGCGACUUCAGCUUUAUGUACAAUGAUCUGGAUCAUGGGGACAUGUACGGAGGAGAUGUCGGCGUCAGCGCCCGAUUCGAUGCAAGAGCCAUACUGAGACACUCACGACUUGAACAUCUCAUGAUCGAUACCAUAUGUUUGGAUACGCCAAGGCAUACACAGGCGUUGAGGAGUUUAGCCCUUGGCCCAUCCUGCCUCCCAGCGUCUUUGCAUACACUUUAUGUGCGGCAUCUAGUUGCCUCAGGGAACUUGAACCCGGUUGAGAAGAAUCUCAUGCACUCGGACGAAGCGCAGUGUCUCUCUCAGCUGGUCAAUUUGGCGGCACGAAGAUUGCGAUUUCCUCACCUAGAAAGGAUGACGCUGGCUAUUUCUCUCCCCGCCUUCUUCGAAGAGGUGGCUUCUCGGGUAGUCAGGGUACAGUCACGUCAGGCGAAAGUUCCGUUAGAAUUGAUGUUCAUGUAA